CUCCGCACCUUUUACUCCGUUCCUGUCUUCUUCUGCCAUUUCUUGCUUCCUUCCUCCUCAUCGCACUGCUCCUCUCCUUUCCGCUCCCUUCCCCUUUCCUGAGGUGAGGGACGAGCAGCAGGAGAAGGAGGAGGGCUGUAAUGGGUCAGUGCUGCUGGGUCACUGUUGGGUGAAGGAGGUGCGUGCGUGGUACUCCGCACCUGCUUCUCCCACGCCAUUGUCGCCCCACGGAUUCCUGCCGCUACCGCUGCACUUGUUGCUCCUUUUCCUUAUGGUGUGGCCGCACUGCUCUCACCCACGCACUGUCCCUUCCUCUCCCCUACCCACCUCCUCCAACCCUUCCCCUGUCUCCCCACCAGCUCCGUACCGCACCUUCUACUCCAGCACUGGUUCCUGGCCCGAAUUUCUCGCCCCUUUUAAACCAGGCAGGCAGAGGCUGCUGACGUGGCAGAGGUGGGCGAGAGGCAUUGGCGGCCCAAACGGCGUUGGUGGCAGCAGUGGCAGCGGCGGGGAGCACGCGAGGAGGGCGGGAAGGUGGUGA